AAUCUAGAAUUGAAUCCGGUAAUUAAAAAACAUAAAUUAAAAAAAAUCACAUAUAUUUCUAAAAAAGCCCUUGGCUGGAUGAUUUCAAAGAUUUUCCCAAGCAUCACAAUCUCUUUCUUACAUGAACUUUCAUUCCCACUUUCUCAGUUGUUGGUGGGUUCUUCCCAAAGAUCUCUCUCCUUUUCAAUCCUCUGAUGCCUUUUUUUGGGUAAAAGUAGAAAGUACUCAAACCCAUAAAGGAUCCAUCUCUAAUGUGUUUAUUCUCACUCAAGAUUGAAUUUUUGAGGUACUGAUCCACAUGGGUCGUCUGAUUGCGUCUUCUCCAACCAAUUUCCUCUCAUGGGUUUGCUGUGAAGUUGGAGGAAAAAAGUACAAUAAAUUCAAUUUUUAACUGAUUAAAUUCAAGUGGGUAUUUGGCCCUUUUUUGAUCUGGGUCUCCCUCAACAGCGAAGAUUUUUUUUUUCAGUUUUGGAUAUAAGAGAUUUCAGGAAGACCAUCUCUAUUCAUGUCCAGAUAACAUCUCAAGUAUGGGUUGGCUGAACAAAAUUUUUAAAGGUUCCAGCCACAAAGUUUCAGAAGGACAGUAUCUUGGGAAAUCUGGGGAUGAUAGAGUUUGGGAUGAUCCCUCAAAUUCAUUGGAUGCCCUGUCAGACUAUGAAAAUGAAGAUAUUGAUCAUGCUAUUGCACUUUCCCUAUCAGAAGAAGAGCAGAAGAAGGCUAAGGCAAUUGACAAUCACGAUCACUUGGAGGAGGACGAACAACUUGCAAGGGCAUUACAAGAAAGUUUAAAUGUUGCUUCUCCUCCCCGUGAAAGCGAACAAAAUUAUCAACCAGCACCAUAUCUCUUUUCCUCCGGGUUCAGGAUUUGCGCUGGUUGCAACACUGAAAUUGGUCAUGGACGCUUUCUUAGUUGCAUGGGUGCUGUUUGGCACCCAGAGUGUUUUCGUUGCCAUGCUUGCAAUCAGCCAAUAUCUGAUUACGAGUUCUCUAUGUCUGGGAACUAUCCAUAUCACAAGUCUUGCUACAAAGAAAAUUACCACCCAAAGUGUGAUGUCUGCAAGCAAUUUAUUCCUACAAAUAUCAAUGGCCUCAUUGAAUAUAGAGCGCAUCCUUUCUGGCUUCAAAAGUAUUGUCCUUCUCAUGAGGUCGAUGGUACUCCACGAUGUUGCAGUUGUGAAAGAAUGGAGGCAAGAGAUACAAAAUAUGUGGCCCUUGAUGAUGGGAGGAAGCUAUGUCUAGAAUGUUUGGAUUCUUCAAUAAUGGACACCAGUGAAUGCCAACCUCUUUAUCUGGAUAUACAAGAAUUUUAUGAAGGUUUGAAUAUGAAAGUGGAACAACAGAUUCCAUUACUUUUGGUUGAGAGACAAGCCCUUAAUGAGGCCAUGGAAGGUGAAAAAAGUGGGCCUCAUCAUCUCCCUGAAACUAGAGGUCUCUGCCUUUCUGAAGAACAGACAGUCAGCACUAUUUUAAGAAGGCCUAGGAUUGGGGCUGGAAAUAGAACAGUGGAUAUGAUCACAGAGCCUUAUAGGCUUACACGCCGGUGUGAAGUAACUGCAAUUCUUAUUCUGUAUGGACUACCAAGAUUAUUGACGGGGUCCAUAUUGGCACACGAGAUGAUGCAUGCUUGGCUGCGGCUUAAAGGGUACCGCACUCUUAGUCAAGAAGUUGAAGAAGGUAUCUGCCAAGUGUUGGCUCAUAUGUGGCUAGAUUCAGAGAUUAUGUCAGGGUCUGGCAGCAAUGUAGCAUCCACCUCCUCAGCCUCUUCUUCAUCAUCCGCGGCAUCAAAGAAGGGAACUAGAUCACAAUUUGAGAGGAAGUUGGGGGACUUUUUCAAGCACCAGAUUGAAUCAGAUACUUCAGCUGCAUAUGGAGAUGGUUUCCGAGCUGGUAACCAGGCAGUUCUUCAAUAUGGUCUAAGGCGUACCUUGGAGCAUAUCAAAUUGACCGGCAGUUUCCCAUUCUAAAAAAUGACUACUUUGCCAUAUCUAUUUACAAAAAUUUAUUGCUCAGCUAUCAAUUUAAAGUUCGUAGGCUGAGAAUUAUACGAGACAUUGGAUAAUUUGGAGUUCCCACACAUGUACGGCUGCUUUGAUAUUUACAUUGAGUAUUUAAUGGAACAAUAACUAAUAAGUUGAAUAUGGGCUUCAUUCUUGUCGUCUUGUGGCAGAUGCCAAGAGUGUGGAAUUUGCCGUAAGUUCUGUUAUUCGUCAGUGUAUAAGUAUUUUCUGUGAACUUAUUGUUUGACACGAUCCAGGAUAUGAAGUCUUUGAUUUUGGCAUUUAGUAACGAGGCAUCUCAACAUCAAUCAAGCAAAGGGCUUGCAACAA